AUGCUCCGGCGGGAGGAAGACGAGGGCGCCAUGAACCGGAGCGUCCUGGGCAUAGAUGCGUCGCGGCCCUGCAGUCCCGUGGAGCUGGAGGCGCAGCGGCUCCAGGCUGGCGCAGUCGAGGCCCAGGCUCUCGGUGCCUCCGCUCGAACGCCGGGCCUCUUCGAGUCCAAGGAGAUGUUCCAGAAGUGCCUGCAGGAGCUGAGGGAGGAGAACGACGCGCUGCGCAUGGGCAACUCGCUGGGCCGCACGGAGAUGUUCGCGCGACCCGCCGGCCUUUCCACCAUGCCCGGGGGCAUGGCGCCGUCGCCGCAGCCGACGAUGGUGCGGAGCUACUCGCCCCGCGCGCGGGCGCCCCCUGCACCGCAGGUGAUCGUGCACCGCCAGCCGCGGGCCUCCUCCCCGCUGCGUGGCGUGGCCUCGGCGCCCCAGGGCCAGGCGUCGGCGCCCACCGCUUUCCCGCCGCUCCCGCUGGGGCUGGACGGGCAGUGCAGGUGGCCGGCCCCCUCGCAGCAGGCCGUGCAGCAGGCGAUGGCGUGCCUGCCGCAGCUCGACGAGGCCUCCCGCGCGCAGCUGGCGAGCCUCCACCCGCAGUACGCCAUGGCGAUCCUGUGGGACCUGGACGCGCGCGGCGGGUGCGAGGCCGUGGGAGACCUCGCCGCGUUCGUGCAGCGCGCCGCGCGCACGCUGCUCCAGAGCGGGCCCGCUGCCGCGGCCGCGUCGGCGCACGCCAGCCCAGUCGCCGCGCCGCUGUUUGGGCUGCCUGCUGGCCCGCCGCUGCCUCUGCUGCAGUUCCCUGUUGCAGCCGGCGCGCUGCAGCCGGGCUAGCCGCCCCUGCGGGCACCACCAUUGCGCACAAGCCUCCUCGAGAGCAUCAGCUGAGCGAGGGCGAUGCAAAGUUGGGCUCCGCGGCGAGAGCCGAAGGACAUUCGAGAAGUUGAGGCGGGCGAUUCCAGUCACAAUGAGUCGUAGGUAGCACCGGACUGGCCAUAAGCCUGGGACGCGUCGUUUGCU